CGGCCAUGGCGGACCUGAGCGCGGAGCGGCUGUGCUCGCUGCCCGGCAACUGGAGCUACGGGAUCAGCCAGGGCGGCCGCCUCUUCUUCAUCAACGAGGAGGCGAAGAGCACGACCUGGCUGCACCCGCACACCGGAGAGGCCGUGAUCACCGGGCACCGCCGCAGCGCAGACUUACCCACAGGUUGGGAAGAAGCAUAUACUUUUGAAGGUGCAAGAUACUACAUAAAUCAUAAUGAACGGAAAGUGACCUGCAAGCAUCCAGUAACAGGACAGCCAUCACAGGAUAACUGUAUUUUUGUUGUGAAUGAACAGACUGCUGCAACCAUGACAUCUGAAGAAAAGAAAGAACGAACAGUAAGCACAAUAAGUGACGCUUCCAACUACAAUUUGACAUCAGAUUAUGCUGUGCAUCCAGUGAGCCCUGUGGGCAGAACGUCACGGUCUUCAAAGAAGGUUCAUAAUUUUGGAAAGAGAUCAAACUCAAUAAAGAGGAAUCCUAAUGCACCGGUCAUCAGACGGGGGUGGCUUUAUAAGCAGGAUAGUACUGGUAUGAAGCUGUGGAAGAAACGAUGGUUUGUGCUUUCUGAUCUGUGCCUCUUCUAUUACAGAGAUGAAAAAGAAGAGGGAAUAUUGGGGAGCAUACUUCUACCUAGUUUUCAGAUAUUGAUGCUUUCUUCUGAGGAUCAUAUUAAUCGCAAAUAUGCUUUUAAGGCAGCUCAUCCAAACAUGAGGACCUAUUAUUUCUGCACAGAUACAGGGAAGGAAAUGGAGCUAUGGAUGAAAGCCAUGAUAGAUGCAGCACUUGUACAGACAGAACCCGUGAAAAGAGUAGAGAAGAUAACUGAAAACACACCACCUCGAGAAGUGAAUAACAUUUCGAACCACAGGGUGUUAAUUAAACCAGAGGCACAGAAUAAUCAAAAAAACAAAGAAGUAAGCAAAAAUGAAGAGAAGGCGGCUUUGGAAGCUGAAAAAUAUGGAUUUCAGAAAAUUGGACAAGAUAAACCCUUAACUAAAAUUAAUAGUGUAAAGCUAAAUUCAGAAUACAGAACCUUACCAGUGAGCGCACUUCAGGCUGGACUCUACAGGCCAGUUCAUUUAAAUGGGUCUGAGAAUAAAGCUGUCAAUAUUGUGGCGGACACUGGAGAUGGAGGACAGCACAAUGCAGUUCACUCACAUAUGGAGUCUGAACGAGUCAUACAGAGAACUAAUUCAAUGCUUCAGUUGGAGCAGUGGAUUAGAAUUCAGAGAGGAAAGGGGCAAGAUGAGGAAACAAGAGGCAUAAUUUCAUAUCAGACGCUACCAAGAAAUAUGCCAAGCCACCGACCCCAAGUUGCACCCCGUUACCCAGAAGGCUAUAGAACCCUGCCAAGGAACAGCAAAACGAGGCCAGAGAGUGUUUGUAGUGUGACACCAUCAGUUUAUGACAGGACCAUAGGACCAGUAACAGCUGAAGAAAAACGGAGAUCCAUGCGGGAUGACACAAUGUGGCAACUCUAUGAAUGGCAACAACGUCAAUUUUACAAUAAGCAAACAACUCUUACUAGACAUAGUACUUUAAGUAGUCCAAAAACCAUGAUCAAUAUUUCUGAUCAGGUGAUGCAUUCCAUUCCCACAUCACCUUCCCAUGGUUCCAUAGCUGGUUACCAAGGAUAUUCCCCUCAAAGGACAUACAGAUCAGAAGUGUCAUCACCAGUGCAAAGAACAGAUGUAACAAUUGACCGCAGACAUAGGACGCAUCAUGCUAAGCACGUCUUCAUGCCUGAAAGAAGGUCGAUGCCAGCAGGUCUGACUUUACAGCCUGUUACUCCUCAGAGCCUCCAAGGCAAAACGCCAGAGGAGCUCACGCUGCUGCUAAUAAAGCUGAGACGGCAGCAAGCUGAACUGAGUAGUAUCCGGGAACACACACUAACACAGCUCAUGCAACUAAAACUUGAGGCCAACAGCCCAAAGAAUGAGAUUCUUUCACAUCACCUUCAAAGGAAUGCCAUAUAUUUGGAUCAUCAGAUGAAAGAGAAUGAACCUUUAAUCACCAUGGUUCACACUAUGAUUGAGAACUCGGCGCUAAGACCACAACUGUACCAGCAAUUGACACAAGAAGAAUGUAGGGGUACACUAUACAAAUAUAGAUCUGAAGAAUUGGAUAUAGAUACUAAGCUUAGCCGAUUAUGUGAACAAGAUAAAGUGGUACAAGCACUGGAAGAGAAACUUCAGCAGCUACACAAGGAGAAAUACACGCUUGAGCAAGCUUUGCUAUCAGCCAGUCAAGAGAUAGAAAUGAAUGCAGAUAACCCAGCUGCCAUACAGAAUGUAGUCUUACAGCGAGAUGACUUACAGAACGGACUGCUUAGCACUUGUCGAGAAGUGUCUCGAGCUACUGCAACUGAGUCAGCAGGUAUACAGCGUGCUCAGAUUCAGAAGGAACUUUGGAGAAUUCAAGAUGUCAUGGAAGGUUUGAGUAAACAUAAACAACAAAGAAGUUCUACAGAGGCAGGUACCAUCGGAUCAAAGUCUUUUUCAGCUAUUAAAUGUAAAAAUGAGGGUCCAGAUUAUAGACUUUAUAAGAGUGAGCCAGAGUUAACAACAGUGGCAGAAGUUGAUGAGUCUAAUGGUGAAGAAAAGACAGAACCAGUUUCAGAGUCAGAAACUUCUACAACUAAAGGUUCACAUUUUCCUGUUGGAGUUGUCCCUCCCAGAACCAAAUCACCAACUCCAGAAUCGUCAACAAUAGCCUCUUACGUCACUUUAAGGAAAAACAAGAAGAUAGAUCUAAGAAUGGAAAGGCCGAGAAGUGCAGUGGAGCAGUUAUGUCUGGCAGAAAACACUCGGCCUCGAAUGACUGUGGAGGAGCAGAUGGAAAGAAUAAGGAGACACCAACAAGCUUGUCUGAGAGAGAAGAAAAAGGGGCUAAAUAUUAUUGGCGUUUCAGAUCUGUCUCCUUCACAGAGCUCAUCCUUUGUUAGGGAUAAUCCAUUUAAGCUGUCUCAGAAUCGAAGAAAGGACGAUAUGGUAUCCAGUAACAUUAAGGAAUUAGAGAGUGCCAUAAGAGAGAAUGAUUUGGAACAAAAUCACGAAACUCCUGCAGAAGAAAUAACACAACUAAAUGCUGGAUCAGAAGAGCAUAAUGCAAAUUUUAUUACUGAGUUGACAAAAAGCGAUGACCCACUGUUACCAGACACGUGUGUUAUAGCUGAUCCAAAAGAAGGGAAUGCUGAAGAAGGAGUAGAAAAACAAAAGAAAUUGGGAAAAACACAUAAUGUAGAUAUCAGUCUGCAGAACAUGGCCCCAACUGCAAACCACAAACAUGAAACCAGUCCAAAAGAGAGUGAAGCAGCCAGUGUUCAAGAGCAAGAAGGGAUUAUUGCUUCUUUUGCAUUAGCAGUACAAUCUGCAAGAGAAAAUCAAACAGCAGGAAAAAAUCUGCCCUCUUCACCAGAGUCCCCACCAUCACCAGCUCUAUCAACGCAACCACAGCUCACAGAAGGAUCACAUUUCAUGUGUGUAUAGUCUCAGAGAAGUACGUCUGCUUUUCAGUCAUGCUAUUUUUCUGGGUAUACUGUAGUUUUCUUUGAGAAACACACACAGACAAUUUUAUUAAGUAGGGUGAAGGUAGC